UCCCAUCGUCCAUAAGUUUAAGAUUUUAAGAAAUACUCACUAAACUUUAAGUCUUUUAUUGGACUCAGUAUUUCAUGUAGCACAUUAAAGUAUUUAUUUAAGGCAUUUUGAUUCCUUGAUUUCAAUAAUUAAUGUCAUUGUCCAGAUAACUAUUCCUUUAGAAACAAAGAUGGCAUGGAAUUAAACAAAGAUAAUUUUUUUUAUCUUUUAUAUGUAAAUUUAACAGAAGGAAAAAAAUAAUUAUAUCUAUAAUCGUCAAAGAAUAUUUCAACAUCAGAUGUUAUUAUAUGUGUAUAGCAAUCUAUGGUAAACAACCUCCACUUCCAACUAAGAGGUUGUGAGUUCGAGUCUUCCCAAGAGCAAGGUGAGAAGUUCUUGGAGGGAAGGAUGUCGAUGUCGAUGAUCUAUUUGGAGACAGACUAUACUGGAUUGUUGUUAUUGUUAUUGUUAUAGCAAUCAUUCACUACAAAAAUAAAAUAUAUCGGAACAAAUCAAAUUGUUAUAGAAAAGUUUGAGUGUAAAUAGUCGUGGAGUAUGGACGGUUAAGUACUAUACUCCUUUACAACCACAUGUGUACUAAUAUUAAAACUAAAGAUCUGGUACUAGUAUUAAACUAAAGUACACUAAGCAACUCAAAAUUGACCGAAUUAAAGUUCACGAGCCUGGUGCCAGAGCUAGCAGCUGAAAAGUGAGUCCAAGCAUAAGUACCCCGCAAAACGCGUAAAUGCGUGUUUUGAUUAAAUAAAAAAACGCUUAAAUGCGUGUUUUGAUUAAAUAAAAAUAUUUUUCAAGGCAAGAAACAUAAAAUAUAACACCAAAGGGUUAGAGGUAGAUAAGAUAGAUGCACUAUUACAAAGAGGUAAAUCUAAACUUUAUAUAUGUCGGGUUAAAUCUUUAGGUUUUACCAUGGAUGCAUUAUUAUUUAAAAAUUAUACGUUAAAACUAAUAUUUUCUUGCAAUUUUAGUGAGUUUUAGCAUAUCCUAUACUCCAUAUAAAAAAUAUGGAAUCAUUGAAUCAUGCUACGUCAUCUACUGCUACUAGUUAUAAUUAUAUAAAAUUUUGCGAUGACAAAAUGAGAUCAAGAAUUUCAAUGUGUUAGAUUUGGAAUUUUGAAUGAAUAAACCAAAUAAAAAAGAAAAAGAAUAAAAAAAAGAAAAAUCUUAAUGAAAACAUAAGAGGGACACUAGACAUGUCUGUAAACUUAGAUUUAAACUCUAACUCCCCUUGUAAAAGUACAUCUAAUAAUAAUUGGAGUAUAGGACUCUUUAAGCUUCAACACAUAUGUAUUUAAGGAAUUUUUAAGAAAUAUAAUAUUGUCAGUGUUGAUAUUCACGUGCCACGUGCUCUAACACAUAGAUAUAUGUAAUGUAGUGGGCUAAACGCCAUGUCUUGUGCUCUGUCACGAUUCACGAAGAAAUCUUUUCAACUUUGUAAAUUAACUAUAAUAUGCGCAAGACAAGAAGUAUAUAUCAACAGUAAGAAUUAUCUUUACACUUUGAAGUAUUAGUAUUAGUAUAUACUCUCACUCUGUGAAGUCAAGGGAGGAGGGCGGAACAGGAAAGUACGUAAAGCAACUCUCAUUCUGUUUUCUUAUUUAAAUCUCUCAAAGUUGGUCUAUAAAUAACUUAUAGAGUAGUACAAAUAUAUAUAUAUAUAUAUACACGCCAUCUUUUGACAGACAUUUUCCUAACCACUGAGGUGAAAGAGAUGAAGAGUGUCUACAUACUGCUAAAUAAUUCCUUGGUCUUUCUUUUUCUUGUGCUACUUCUCCAACAAGCAGAAGUUUCUGUAUCAUUAUCAUCAUCAUCAUCAUUGUCUGUGGUGGCAAAGCCCGGGUGCAAAGACAAAUGUGGGAACUUAACCAUUCCAUAUCCAUUUGGGAUAGGAAAAGAUUGUUACUUUGAUAAAGCAUUUGAAAUCAACUGCUUCGACGACAACACGAAUCAUUCAUCAACAUGGGUCGCCACUGAUUACUCACCAUUUCCUAUACAAAUCUUCAAUAUCGCAAUGGACUCAAUCAGGACUGACUCGUCUUUUCUUCCUGUUGUCUACGACAAAUCUUCGGGGAAAAACAUUAACGGCGAUGAGCCCAUUAGUGGAUCAACUGGACAAGGACAUUUUCAUAUGUCGUUGUCUAGAAAUAAGUUUAUAGUCAUUGGUUGUGAUAUCUAUGCUUAUGUCAAAGAUGCAGAGAGCGGAGAAUUUGUAAGUGGUUGUGCUUCCUUUUGCAAUACAAAUAACUUUGCUGUUGCUGCUACUUCUUCUUGCACUGGAAAUAAUGGGUGUUGCCAGAGUGCCAUUUCAUGGAUGCCUAAAAAUGUGAUAGUGUCAAUACAAACAAUGAACACCAUGAAAGCGGCCUGGGCAUUUAACAAUUGCAGCUUUUGCUUGAUGGGGUCCAGUGGUCAUAAUUCCAAGUACAUAAGUGAAAUAUUAAGUAGCAAUUCCAGCAACUGUGCAAAAGAGCUUGUUGGUUUUGGUGAAACUACGUUGGAGUGGGUGAUGGGCAACAUGAGUUGCGCGCAAGCUAUGGGAAGCCGAGAAUAUGGAUGUGGAAACAACAGUGAUUGCGUCAAUUCCAGCUAUGGAUACCGCUGCCGUUGCUCUAACGGUUAUCAAGGCAACCCUUACCUCUCGAAUGGAUGUCAAGAUAUUAAUGAGUGUGCAAGUCCAAAUGGGGGUCAUUGUCCACAUAAUACUCGUUGUUUUAACACUCCUGGCAGUUUCUAUUGUAAGCCAAAUAAUGGGAGACGCACGCUUGUUUUGCAGCUAUGCUAUGGAAUUUCAUCAGCUGUUAUUUUGAUAGUCCUGAUAGCGGGUUGUUUGUUGCUAUAUCGACAAAUUAAAAAUAGGAAAGAGGUAAAAGCUAAACAAAAGUUUUUUAAAAGGAAUGGUGGAUUGCUAAUGCAAAAGCAAAUUUCUAUGAAUAAAGGAAGUGAUAGCACUUUUUUACAUAUGAAACUCUUCCAAAAAGAGGAGUUGGAAAAAGCAACAGACAACUUCAACGAAAGUCGAAUUCUUGGAAAGGGAGGGCUUGGUACUGUCUAUAAAGGAAUGCUAUCAGAUGGAAGGAUCGUCGCCAUCAAGAAAUCUAAUAUAGUUGAUGAAGAUCAAGUUGGUCAGUUUGUAAAUGAGAUUUUCAUUCUCUCUCAAAUAAACCACAGACAUAUUGUCAAAGUAUUAGGUUGUUGUUUAGAGACUCAAGUUCCGUUAUUGGUCUAUGAAUACAUAUGCAAUGGCACUCUAUCGCGCCAUCUUCAUGGAUCUAGCCCUAUUCCUAGUGAAUCAAGAACAUCAACAAUUACUCUCUCUUUGGAGCAUCGCUUACGAAUUGCUAGAGAAAUAGCAGGUGCACUUUCUUACUUGCAUUCUUGUGCUUCUAGUGCUAUUUUCCACAGAGAUAUCAAAUCAAGUAACAUAUUAUUGGAUGAAAAUUAUAGAGCUGUGGUUUCUGAUUUUGGACUAUCAAGAUUGGUAUCCAUCGAAAAGACUCACUUAACAACACAAGUCGGAGGCACAUUUGGCUACUUAGACCCUGAAUACUUUCGAUCUGGCCAACUUAACGAUAAGAGUGAUGUUUAUGCAUUUGGAGUGGUUCUUCUGGAGCUUCUUACAAGCCAAAGAGCUGUCUCUUCCGAUGCAUCUAGUAGUCAAGGCUUAGCAAUGCAUUUCAAAUCAAUGUUUAAACAAAGUCGUCUAACAGAAAUGGUAGAUCCUGAGAUUGCAAGAGAUGUUGAAGGUCAGGAGAUAGUCCCCGUUGUGGCUACGCUUGCCAGAAGAUGCUUGAAAUCUAAUGCAAGGAACAGACCAAAUAUGAAGGAGGUAGCAGCUGAACUUGAGGAACUUACAAAGACGAGAUCAUAUGACAUGCUACGUGCUGAUAGUUUUGAAGAGAAUAUUUCUUUCAAAAGUGAAGGUUUAUAUAGUUAUACAUCUGAUAGUCUAAUAGAAGAAGAUUAACAAUAGUUGUCUUGUAUUCAAUAGUUUUCUUGUAGAAUGAAUGUAAUCCGCCUCAAUACAUUAUGAUAACUUUCACAUGAUACUGCAUUUGUUUGAUCGAUGUAAAUCAUAGAGUUGUUUGUCA